AUGCCCAUAGAGGAGCUCGAACAACGCGAACGGAAACUCACAAGCCGCGUCUUAUGGAAGUUGGAUAUACAUGUCCUCCCACCGUUAGCCUUUUUGUGGCUCGCCAACUUCAUCGACAGAACCAACAUCGGAAAUGCAAGAAUUGCCGGGCUAGAACGGGACACUCAUCUUCAGGGCAACGAGUUCAAUACGGCGCUCGCCAUCUUCUAUGUCUCAUAUAUCAUCGUUGAGCUGCCGUCCAAUUGGGUGCUCAAGAAAUUCAAACCCAGUCGAUGGCUUCCAUUCCUUGUAACCCUUUGGGGUACAGUGACAACCAUGACCGGCCUGGUGCAGAACUACAGCGGUCUAGUGGCUAUACGGUUCUUCCUAGGCUUGUGUGAAGGAGGCCUUUUGCCCGGCAUCAUGCUCUAUUUGAGUACAUUGUACAAGCCGCAUGAACUCCAGCAGCGUGUCGGCAUCUUCUAUGCUUCUGCAUCGUUAUCCGGAGCUUUCGGAGGUCUGCUGGCUACUGCGAUCCUCAAGAUGGACGGUAUCGCAGGUCAGUCUGGCUGGAGAUGGAUAUUCAUCCUAGAGGGCAUCGCCACGGUCAUUAUUGCGCUCACGUCCAUGCUCUUCCUACCUGCGGAUAUCAAAUCGGCGAAAUUCUUCACGGACGAAGAGCGCGAGUUUGCAAUGAAUCGUCUGCUCACAUCAUUUGGGGUCACCACCACCGCGCCACUCUCUGAACCGUCUCAGCGUAUCAUUGGCGCAAGUGGCGAUCUUGCAAAGGCUACCCAGUCUAAGCUGGAAGUGCACAUGGUGGAAGCCAUUGUUGCAGAGGAUGAGAGCUUCGAAUGGGGCGAGGUCCUGCGAGGUGUCAAGGAUCCUCAAGUCUGGAUGACUGCCCUAGCGUACAUGGGCAUCAUUGUCAGCUUGUACUCGUUCUCUCUCUUCUUGCCCACCAUUGUUGCCGGACUCGGGUAUGCUGGGGGCAGAGCUCAGCUGCACACAGUCCCGCCAUACGUCCCGGCUGUGGUUCUCACGGUCGUAGUAGCCGUUGCUAGUGACAAACUCAAAUGGAGAGGUCCCUUCAUCCUCAUGUUCUUGCCGAUAAGCAUUGCAGGCGAGUUCCUCACCAUCAUAGCCUCGUUGCCAGCAGCUAACCUACCAAUCACUAGGAACAAUGUACAGCGCUAUGCUGCAGUGUUUCUGAUGGCCGCGGGAAUAUACCCUUGCGGACCGUGCAUCCUAUCUAUCCUACCAAAUAAUAGCGCAGGACACUAUAAGAAAGCGACGACGGUCGCACUUCAGUUAGGACUUGCCAAUUGCGGCGGUUUCGUAGCCACUUUUGCCUACGACUCUUCUCAAGCCCCGACAUACAUCCGCGGCCAUAGCAUCGUUCUUGGCUUCGUUUGCGUCGCCUGGCUGGCUAUAUUUUGCAACGUGAUGUACUGCAGGUGGGAGAACAAGGCUCGUGCGGAGGGCCGCAGGCAAGAGAAUUUGGUGAGAUAUCAGGAACUGUGGGAAUCGGGGAAGACUCGUGCACCCAUAGGGGACCGGCACCCUGAGUUCCGCUUUACGAUAUAA